CUAUAUACUCUCACCAACGAAGUAAAUUGUGUUCUUAAAUCAUGAAUACUCUCGCACACACACCCCUUAACUUGAGGCAAUUUUCUUCUUCUACAUCCUUCCGCCAAUACACACCGUUUAUUCCAUGCCCGCGACCACCGAAACAACGUACAAUCCAUGGUUCAAUGCCAGUAUCGCCUCACCUCUCCAACAAUUCAUCUCCUCCAAAACUCGGCAACGUACAACCAACAUCAGCUUCAGCUACAAAUAAUCAAACUUCUCUGAGUCCAAUGCACUUCCUUGAAAGAGCCGCGGUCAUCUACGGCGACUGCCCUUCCAUUAUCUACAAAGACAUCACACGCACGUGGUCCGAAACCCGUACAAGAUGCCUCAGACUCGCAUCAUCCAUCACUGACCUCGGCAUCACCCGUGGCGACGUCGUAUCAGUGGUGGCCCCCAACAUCCCCGCCAUGUGCGAGCUCCACUUCGCCGUUCCCAUGGCCGGCGCCGUCCUCAACACCAUCAACACCCGCCUCGACGCCAACAACAUCUCCAACUUGCUCCGCCACGGAAACUCCAACCUCGUUUUCGUCGACUCGCAGUUCGCAUCUCUUGUCUGGGAAGCUAUAACGCUGCUUCCACCGCAUCUUCGCCGCCCUAUAUUAGUCCUUAUUAAAGACCAAGAAUAUAUCUACAGCGACAAUUCGUUUGAUCAUGAUUACGAAACCAUGGUCCAAAACGGUGACGUGGCGUUCGAGUGGGUCCGGCCCCGUAGCGAGUGGGACUCGAUCACGCUGAACUACACCUCUGGCACGACUGCGGCGCCCAAGGGGGUGGUGCACAGUCACCGCAGUGCGUUUCUGCAGUCGGUGAACAUGCUGUUCGAGUGGUCCGUGCCACAGCGGCCAGUGUACCUGUGGACGGUGCCGAUGUUCCACUGCAACGGGUGGAGCUUUGCAUGGGGUUUGGCGGCGGUGGGAGGCGUCAACGUCUGCCUCCGCCGCGUCGAUGCGCCGUCUAUUUACCAGGCUCUGGAGGAGCAUGGAGUGACGCACAUGGGCGGCGCGCCGGUGGUGCUCAAUAUGCUGAGCAACUACACAGGGAGCACGUUGACCGCUCCCGUCCAUGUCUUAACAGGCGGAGCGCCACCCCCUGCGGCGGUGCUUGAGCGGGCUGAGUCGUUUCGGUUCAUUGUGAGUCAUGGGUACGGACUGACUGAGACAGGUGGCCUUGUUGUGAUGUGCACUUGGAAGAAAGAAUGGGACCAUUUGCCAGGGUCGGAGAGAGCGAGGUUGAAGGCAAGACAAGGAGUCGGAUCUAUUUGCUCUGCUGAAGUGGACGUGGUGGACCCAUACACCGGCGAGAGCUUGGCUCGCGACGGCAAGACGAUUGGGGAGGUGGUGCUGAGAGGAGGCACAUUGAUGUGGGGAUAUUUGAAUGAUGAAGAGGGAACAUGGCGGUGUAUGAAGGAGAAUGGAUGGUUUUGGACAGGAGACAUGGGCGUGAUGCAUGAAGACGGCUACUUGGAAGUGAAGGAUAGGUCCAAAGAUAUCAUCAUAUGCGGCGGAGAGAAUAUUAGCAGCAUUGAAGUGGAGGCCGUUCUCUACAGUCACUCUGCCGUGCAUGAGGCGGCUGUCGUGGCACGACCGUGUGUGUACUGGGGUGAAACGCCAUGUGCGUUCGUGAGCUUGAAGAAGGCUAACGAGAAGCCAUCAGAGAAGGAGAUAAGGGAAUUCUGCAAGAAGAGGAUGUCGCUUUUCAUGGUGCCCAGGUUGGUGGUGUUCUUGCCGGAGCUGCCCAAGACAUCUACCGGAAAAGUCCAGAAAUUUUUACUCCGAGAUAUGGCUAAACAAAUCUGAAUACGCUAUUGUUACUUUGUUGUAUUCCCACCAAUUCACCAUUAAAU